CAGGAUACCCUAAAGAUCUGACCUGCACCCCAAACACCAACCCAACCACUGAACUUCCUCCUCCUCUAGACCUCACCCAACUACUAAACCUACAUAUCUGAGCAUUCCCAACUGCCAGACCUACUCUUACCCACCCCAAAGUCCAUCCCAACCAUCGGACCUACUCCUCUAGACCCCAAAGGCCAAACGUCCUCCUCUCCAACCCUCUGAUCUACCCCUGAAAACCCUCAGAAGACCAGACCUUCUCCUCUGAAGCAGUGGUUCCCAGCCCUGAUCCUCAGGACCAACUGUCCUGCAUGUCUUGGGUGUCUCCUGGCUGCCACACACCUGGACUAAAUUAAUGGGUGAUCAACAUGAUGGGUUCCCAGAGGACCAGGGUGGGAACCACUGCUGGAAACGCUCUUUUCCCAACCUUUCACCUCCUGGCUCUUUAGUUUCAUUUUGAACCGUGGACCGAGUCACAAGCCUCUUAUACAGAACUCGCUUGGAGCAGAUUAAUCAGCCGUUUGUUGACCAACCUACUGACUGAGCGGGUAAACUGUGACUGACCACUUCUCUCUGGCUAACUCACCUCACUGACUGUCCUGUUCAGUUCUGGACCAGCUCAGAACCGGACCGAGUCACAGGUUGUAUGUCGACCCACAAUGACCCAUUGAACAGAAAGACUCGGCGAGAGACAAGCCGGCCAACUUCACGGCCGGCUAAACGGAUAACACACACUGGGGAGUGAAAGUGACAAACUGGGCACCAGUUUAAAUGUUUGUAUUGAUGUCCAGUGGCCUCCUGGGGAGGAUUAGGGUCGAGACCAGUCAGUUCUGAUUGGGUCUGACACUCAGCUGAACGAGAUCCAAACACCAUUAAGCACAGAACAGGGAAGCCUGGAGGAGAUCAGGCUAAUUAUUCAGUUUCCAUCUGUUUCCAGACCUGGACUCACUUCCAGCCGAGUUGCUCCCUGAACUGGAUCCCAACAGGACUCACACCACGGUCCCCAUCAGAACCAACAACAGAACUAACAUUCCCUUCAGGCGAAUGUCUAAAACGUGCAAGACUAAGACUCCUGAGGACCAGAGACUGGGACCUAUACAGGGCACCGGGUCCCAUGAAAACCAGAGCUAGAGUGGUAUUCAAGACACCUGCUCCACAAGAACCAACAUUUAGAGAGCCAUAUGGGUCGACCUUACCUUUAGUCCAGAGACUGAGACCUGUACGGGACACCAGGUCUUUUAACAGCCACAGUUUGAGACCCAUACGGGUGAACAUUACCUUUGGUCCAGAGUUGAUAGCUCCACACAGGAGGCAACGUUGCUCCCUCUCCAUUCAUUUACGGAUGUUAAGCUGGGUGGUUAAAGUCGUCCCCCAGCCGCCUGAACUUCCAUCCAAAAACACUGAAGAUGCCAAGGAAGGAAAACCAGAAGCGGCUCCGCCCCCUGCUGCGGCCCCGCCCCCUGAACCAGAGAAGAAGGUGACGUUUGAAGAUGAGUGCAAGAAGGACGCUGCAAAAGCUGACAAACUGAAUCAGGAAGUCGAGUCGUCUGCAGGGAACGGUCCGGCUCCAGGCAUGCUGACCUGGAUCAGCAGCGCUCUCCCUCUACCGGCGCCACUGGCUAACCAGAACCAGGCCAACUCCACUGCCAAGGAGGAAGCAGCAGCCAGCAAGCCCGACGAUGAGAAAGGGAUGAUGGCCUGGAUCUCUCAGGGUUUGGAGAAAGUUGUUCCUCAGCCCGAACUGAGGAGCAGAGAGGCGGCCGAGCAGCAGCUUCAGGUGCAGCAAGCAGCAGCUCCAGCAGAAGCUCAGAGUGCCGGGAAGGAACUGGAGCCGGUGGACCAGACCGCUCCACCCAGCAUGAUGGACUGGAUCAAACACGGCAUUGUGAAGGUGGUUCCUCAGCCGGAGACCCUCCCAAAGACUGAAGGAACCAGCAAGUCUGAAGCUCCGUCCAAAGCGCCCCCUGCAGUUCCUCCUUCAGCCACCAGACCUGCUCCAGAGUCAGAACCUGCAAAGGAAGCAGAGCAGCAGCCAAACAUGGUGGGUUGGAUCGUCAGCGGGAUCGGCCGCAUGCUGCCGCAGCCCGUCCCCCGGCCGGAAACAGGAAGUGAUGACAUGCAGAGCAUCAGCGGCGCUCAGAAGACGAGUGACUUGGUGCUGGAGGACCUGGAGGCCCAGCAGGAGGCGCCGACUGUGAAGCAGGUGGCAGAGCCGCUGACUCCGAUGGACGGCGUGAAGAAGGAAGCAGGCGACGGCGCUCAGAUGGAGGAAAGGCUGCAGCGGCUGGAGGCGGCCCGCGUUGCCGAGGAGAUGGCCCGGCAGGCGGCGGCUGAGGCGGUCCGGCAGCUGGAAGUGGAGCGGUCGGCCAAGAUCGUCAUAGAAACGCUGCCGGAGUCCAACGACCAGCUGCCCAACAUCCUGGAGGAGGAGAACGAGGAUGAACCGGAGCUGCAGAACCUGCAGGACGACAGUGAGGACAGCACAGAGAAUAAAAGCAGACAGAGUGAGGAGAAGCAGACAGAGCAGUGUCUGGUGGACAUCUGCCCAGUUGAAGACAAUCCUGAAGCUGCAGCUGAAGAGAAGCAGGUGGAGGCUCUGGCCCCGCCCACUGCUCCUGAGCCAGCAGACCAGGUGACUCCUUCGUCCACCGAUGUGGAGCCGGCAUCAGAGAGGAGAGAUCUGGAGAGUCCAAUAACCCAACAACCAGAACUGCACCUCGAAGAGGCCCCUGCCCACACUGCAGAGCAGAGCAAAGCAGCAGCAGAAGAAGCAGGAGGAUCUGGAGGAAGCUGCAGGAACGCUGACGCUCCAGAUCCGGAUGAGCUGCACGGACUCAGCCUGAGCAUCCCGCAGAUAAUCACAACCCCGGAACCUGAGCCCAGCAUGCUGAUGGUGCCUCAGCUCAGAGCUGACCCGGCCGCAGGCGAGGAGGACGAGGAGCUGCUGAAGGCCUGGGCCAGUCAGGGAGACGACGAGAUGCGGCCGCAGUCUGCUGCCAGCGUGGCCAGCGUCACGGUCCAGGAGCGCCUCAACCAUCUGGUCGGGCUCUUCAAGGGCCGGACGGAGCGGCACAAAGACCGCCUGGCGGAUCCCGACGAGUCCGAGGAGGAGAGCCCCACUGCCUCUCCUGCCAAAGCUCCACCGGCUCCACCUCCUCCGCCGCUGCCGCCUGGAGAGGAGAAGAAGGACGAACCGGAACCACCGCAGGAGGCGAGUCUGUUCCAGUUUGACCUCCUGGGACAUCCGGUCCAACUCCCCAAGCUUCCCCCGAUGCCCGACUGGCUGCGGUCCAUCCUGGAGUACCGCUUCCCGUCCAGCAUCGAUCCAUUCACUGACCUCAUCUAUGUGAUCUGGCUGUUCUUCGUGGUGGCGGCCUGGAACUGGAAUGUGUGGCUGAUCCCGGUGCGCUGGGCGUUCCCCUACCAGACGCCGGACAAUAUCCACCUGUGGCUGCUGGCCGACUACACCUGUGACUUCAUCUACAUCGCAGACAUCCUGGUCUUCCAGCCGCGGCUGCAGUUCGUUCGCGGCGGAGACAUUGUGUGCGACAAGAAGGACAUGAGGGAGCAUUACAUGACCACCGAGCGGUUCAAGAUGGACGUCAUCAGCCUGUUCCCCAUGGAGAUAUUUUACUACUUCACAGGAGUGAACUCCCUGCUGCGCUUCCCCCGCCUGCUGAAGUACAUGGUGUUCUUCGAGUUCAACGACCGGAUGGAGGCCGUGAUGAAGAAGGCCUACAUCUACAGGUGGGGACCGCAUCCAACUACAUCCUAUCUCACCCAACUGCAUUCAGCCUCCUACGACAUCCAACCACAUCCAACUGCAUCCUACCUCAUCCAAACUCAUCCAACCUCAAGGAAAAAAGAUGAUCAUAAAAAAAUUUAUGCUGAAUAUAUAUUUGGUUAUGCAAUGUUAUGCAUAACCAAAUAUAUGCACACAUAUAACGUGUGCUUGAUCUGGUUCCGGGAAGUCCAGAACCGAAUCAAGACUUGAUAGGACUACACCUGGAAGAGCCAGGGAAUGCUGGAUGAACAGGAACUCCUGAUUCAACUUCCUGCUAAGAUGAGGCUGGACAUCGCCGUGGACGUCAACUACUCCAUUGUCAGCAAAGUGGCUUUGUUUCAGGGCUGCGACAGGCAGAUGGUGUUCGACAUGCUGACCAGGCUGAAGUCUGUCGUUUAUCUGCCGGGAGACUUUGUGUGUAAAAAGGGGGAGAUUGGACGGGAGAUGUACAUCAUCAAGCAGGGGGAGGUCCAGGUGGUGGGCGGGCCGGACCUGGAGACCGUGUUCGUCACCAUCAGAGCCGGUUCCGUGUUCGGAGAGAUCAGCCUGCUGGCGGGGGGCGGAGGGAACCGGCGCACCGCCAACGUGAAGGCGCACGGCUUCGCCAACCUGUUCAUCCUGGACAAGAAGGACCUGGCAGAGAUCCUGGUCCACUACCCCGAGUCCCAGAAGCUGCUGCGCAAGAAGGCCAAGACGAUGCUGACCAAAGACAAGAAGCCGGAGGAGAAGGAGACGCGUAAGGAGGUGGCCGAGGUCAUCCCCCCCCGACCCGACACCCCCAAACUGUUGAAGGCCGCCCUGAAGGUCACGGAGCGCGCCGGCAUCGAGGGAACAUUCGCCAAGAUGAAGAAGGUUUACCAACCGGCUGAGGGCCAAACAGAGGCUCCGCCCCCCAUCUCUCCGGUGCCUCCCCCUUCUCCGAUGCACCGCCGCUCUCCGGUCCCGCGCUUGGCUCCGGAGGACAGGGACGAGUCGGUGGCAGAGACGGCGGACAGCUCUGUCAUCAUCAGGAUGACGCCGCGGCAGGAAGGGGAGGAGCUUCUGACAGUGGAGGUGUUGGAGGAAGGAGCAAAGAGGGAGGAGGAGGAGGGAUGAGGAAGCUGCAGUACCGCCUUUGGCCACAUGGGUAGCUAAACGGCCUCAGAGGGGGCGCUGUUUCCCCAGGAGAGGAAACAUCAAAAUAACAGACUCAGUUUCCCAGAGUUCAUAGCUUUUGUUCUGCAGUCUGCCUCUGAACUGAAGCUUUUAGAUGCAGUCUGGUGUUUAUUAGAGAGGAUGAGGAGCGGACGAUGAAGAGUAAAUAAUGAAGAGCAGCGUUGUUUCUGAAUCAAUGACAAUGUGCUGAAAGAUCUGCGGCUCCAACACAAUCAUCCUGAAAAUGUUUUCUAGUUUUAUUUUCUUCAGAAAUAUAUUUUUUAAAAUGUG